CGGAGGAAGCCAUGGCGGCGGCGGGGCGCUUGCUGGGCCUGCGGGCGAAGCUCCGUGGCCGCCCGGGCGCGCUGGCCUUCAGCAGCGGGGCCCCCGCGGACGCCGCCGGAGGGGCGAAGCUCACCCGCGCCUGGCAGGCGGACGGUAUCCGGAAUGUCGUCUUGAGCAACCCUCAGCGAAGAAACGCACUCUCGCUCGCCAUGAUGAAGUCUCUUCGCAAAGACCUUCUGCAUGAUAGCAGCAGCCCGGACCUGCGAGUCAUUAUCAUUUCAGGCGAAGGACCUGUUUUCUCCUCAGGGCAUGACUUGAAGGAAUUGUCUCAUGAGGCAGACAAGAAACAUCACCUCGAAGUCUUCGAGACCUGCGCUGACCUCAUGACCUUGCUUUCAAAGCUUCCGGUACCCGUCAUUGCCAAGGUCGACGGCCUCGCCACGGCUGCCGGCUGCCAGCUGGUCGCGAGCUGUGAUAUUGCUGUGGCGAGCGAAGAAUCCACAUUUGCCACCCCCGGAGUGAAUGUCGGACUGUUCUGCUCAACGCCGGCCGUGCCCGUGGGGAGAUCUCUCCCUAGGAAGGUGGCGCUGGAGAUGCUGUUCACGGGGGAGCCCCUAACAGCCCGGGAGGCCCUUCUUCAUGGGCUGGUCAGCCGGGUGGUCCCAGCCGAGAAGCUGGAAGACGAGACGCUGAGAAUCGCCAGGAAAAUAUGCGAGAGCAGCCGGUCCGUUUUGGCCCUGGGGAAAGUCACUUUUUACAAGCAGAUGGCUCAGGAUAUGGAGACGGCCUACCGGACAACGACGGGCGUCAUGGUGGACAAUCUCGCCCUGGCAGACGGACGAGAAGGGAUCGAGGCCUUCCUCUGUAAACGCAAGCCCGCCUGGUCUCAUUCAGGGCACAAAGGGUCCCUGUGAGCAUCAGAGGGGGACAGAUCAUGCUUGAAAGCCGUAUCUGACAGCAGGGGUGGAAUUCUAGCAGGAGCUCCUUUGAAUAUGAGGCCACACCUCCCUGGUGUAGCCAAUCCUCCAACAGCUUUCAAAAAAGAGCCUUGUAAGCUCCAGGAGGAUUGGCUACAUCAGGGGGUGUGGCCUGAUAUGCAAAGGAGCUCUUGCUAGAAUCCCACCCCUGCCUGACAAUAAACAAGGGUCCAGGGGAUGCCCACGGCGAGUGCCUUCUCUCUACGAGAAUCGUAGGACUGUCUGCAUCCGGCGAUCCCUUGUUCACACUAGAGAACCUGCCCAGCAAGGUGUGUUUGUGUGCUGCUGUCUUGUCACUUAAUACACCUUCAUUGGAUAACGA